AUGCACGAGACCAUCCCCGGAGAUGAGGUCUAUGGACCCGGCACCUAUAUCGACAAGACCGUCCUCCCCGUACCAGAAGACACAAAUCGAAUCUUCAAAUACCUUGCAUCGAAAACACCCGGUUUCACAAAGGAUCUAGCGAUAUGGGAUACAGUUAAAUUCGAAGGGCGGCCUAACCCUAUGGUCCCUGGUCCAAUGAAAUCCCCAGCGGUCGUGGCAGCACUGCACGCCAUGUGCGGCGUGGUUGGAAACGAACUCCUCGAAUUGAGAGAUGGGAAGCCAGCAAAGGAAGCGGGGGUCACUGUCAAUACGGACCACGCCGGAAUCUGGCUCGCGUCUACCUUCACCAUAUACGUGAACGGAUCGGAUGUGUCGACACUUGCACGGGCGGGAACAUUGUCCAAGAUCUUCACCCGAGACUUCGAUCAAGGAUUCGGCGUUGGUCCAUUGUCUGGUCGGGCUACUGCUUUGUAUCCAACCAAGGACCCGAAAGUGUGGUACCAACUGCACGGAUCGUUGGACGCGAGUAAGACGCUCAAGUCAAUGGGAAUUGAUAUGGACGUUCCCUUGAAAGAUUUCAAUGAGGGAUACGAGUAUCUCAAGGGCCAUGUACAGAAGUGGAGUGCGGAUGAGCUUGAGAUGCAUAAUGUGAGGCAUGGAUUGUGUGGUAGUAUUUGCUACUCCCCCGACGCAUGGAGAAAGACUGAGAUGGGAAGGCGACUUGCUGAACACCCUCUCGUCAAUUAUACACAUGAGACUUAUGCGAAGGAGACGCCUCCUGUUCCUCUGCGUCAGGUCCCCGACCGUCGUCCCCUGGCUGGAAUCAAGGUUCUCGAGAUGGUACGCAUCAUUGCUGGUCCUACUGUUGGAACUACAUUGGCAUCAUUCGGCGCGGAUGUAAUUCGUGUCAACUGCAGCAAGCUCGCCGAUUUGAACGUCCUCCAAUUGGCCCUUAACGCUGGAAAACGCACUAUCGACCUGGAUAUCGGAAAACAAGAAGACAUGGCCCGUCUACUGGAGCUCGUCGGUGAAGCCGAUAUCUUCGUACAAGGCUUCCGAUACGGAUCACUCGACCGCAAGGGUCUCGGCUUGAAAGACAUGCUCGACGUAGCAGCCAAGAGAAACAAAGGCCUUGUAUAUGUCGACGAGAACUGCUAUGGACCCAGUGGACCAUUCGCCGAGAGACCCGGGUGGCAACAGAUCGGAGACGCCGCAUCGGGUGCGUCAUACGUGAUGGGCCGGGCAUUGGGCUUCGAUGAAGGAGAAAGUGUUCUGCCUCCCCUGCCAAUCUCCGACAUGACCACUGGCAUUCUAGGUGCGCUGGGGGCAAUGCUGGGCAUUCGCGACCGAGCACGGAAGGGCGGGUCAUAUCACGCGGUGAGUUCGCUUGUGGCAGGAGACACAAUUCUACUUGACAAAGAGGUUGGCCUUUACCCUGUCGAAGUUGUCACAAAGACAAUCGAUGAGUUCAGGUUUGCGCGCUCUUCGCCUUCCCAAUUUGUCACAGAAAUUAUGAUUGAUGUUAUCGACGGGUGGAAGAAUGUCUUCCCUGAAUAUCUGUGCCCUGACUCUCCAUUCAUGAUGAGAUUUGAGGACAGCCCAUGGGGACAAAUGGACCUGUUGAGGCCUGUUGCCCGGUUGGAUGACAAGGAAGCAAGCCCCAUCUGGACAAGCCCCCCUGUUCCAAACUGUCAUCAUGAUUCCAGCAUCACAUGGGAAUAA